AUGAAUGAUUCAAAUCCAGGUCAAACAAGAUCCUCGAUGGGUGGCGUGGGAUAUAAUGUCUCGUUAGCUUGUAAAUAUGGAUUAGAAUCGCCUUCUUGUUCAUCAGAAAAUAUAGACCGGUCAUCUUAUAGGUUUGUAUCCGUUGUUGCAAACGAUUUUGCCGGUAGAUCCUUGCUCAAGCAUUUAGACUCUAAUAAGGUCGAUACUUCAGGAAUAAAAAUCAUCAAAGAUAGCAAAAAUUCAACUGCUCAAUAUUCUUCAAUACAUAAUACCAAUGGUGAACUACUUGUGGCCUGUGCUGACAUGGCUAUAAUUGAAGAAGACUUUAUUACUGAGCAUACUGUGACUCAAUUAGCUAGAGCAAAACCAGAUUGCAUAGUUCUAGACUGCAAUAUAUCUUCAUCUGCAAUGAGUAAUAUAUUACAGUAUAUUAGGAACAAUCUAGAAAAAACAAAAGUGAUAAUAGAGCCAACGUCAGCUCCUAAAGCAGCAAGAUUAUCGCAUGUUAAUAGCAAGAAUUUAAAGGUUUUUCCUAAUAAUAUAAUCCUGUUAGUCUCUCCGACGGUGGCAGAGUUGAAUACAUUUCAUUCUUCGUUUAGUAAUCGGGAAUUAUUUGAUGAUUAUGACGAGUGGUUCCCAUUAUUGGAUACGUUAGGAGUUGAUUCGUUGUUUAGAGAGAAGUUGAAUAAACAAGCACAGCAGUAUGAGGUUUUGAGGGAAGGCUUAAAGCGUGGAUUUUUGCAGCAAUCAUUUCAAUUAUUACCCUAUUUACCGAAUAUACUACUUAAAUUGGGCCCAAGUGGGCUACUAUAUAUAGGUCUUUCAACAAGUAUCGGUGAUUAUUCUUCGAUCCCAACCACUUCCGAUUACUGCCCCGAGUUUACAAUUACUACUAAUGGAAAAGAAUUUAUUGACAGUGACGGGAAAAGCAAAAAAAUGGGAAUAGUUAUUCAAUAUUUCCCUAUUCCGGAAGUAAAUAAAAAUUUGAAGGUUAAAAAUGUUACUGGUGCUGGCGAUUCGUUAUUGGGGUAUCUAACUGCUAGAUUACUGCUUUCAAGUAAAAAUAUUGUAGGCAAAGCAUGGUUAGAACCAGAAAUAAAUAGAAUUGAGGAUGAAUGGUUUAAAUGGGAAUCUAUCUACAAGGCACAAAUCUCAAGUGGUUUAUCAUUGCAAAGUAAUGAAGCUAUAAGUCCAGAAAUAGCUAAAAUCAAAUAG